GGAUAGCAAACUCCUGGACCACCUGAAUUGUACUUGAAGCUAUGACAUCAGGGGCAAACAUGCUGGACCCAAAAAGUGAACUGGAGUAUUUUAGCCAAGAAAAUAUGGAGGAGACCUCCCAACUCGCUUCCCUGGAGAUGUCAGGCGAUGUAGUAUGCAAGGGAAGAUCUUCACCUACUGUUUCAGAAAAACCUAGCUAUCCAGACUCCGUGUACGUUAUGGCAGCGAACAUUUUUCAGGGUAUUCGAAUCGAAAGACCGCCAGACAGAGUCAUAAUAAAGUACGGGAACGAACCUCUGUCGUUUUGGCCCCAGCACGAGGAUGAAUCAUUUCAGCGAUUGUCCUAUGAGUUGGCUUUCAGUGCCCUGAAGUACCAAGAUAUUUUGGAAACUAUAUUAAUAGACAGCUAUAUAUUCCCAAGUACCACAAUACCAGAUCGUCUGAGCAGUCUCAUCAUUGUGAUGCUGUACGAUUUCCAAGAUAGAAAAUUUCAGCCCCGUGUCCUUCCCGACAGUGAGGAGCCCAUAUCAGAAGUUCAGGAAGUAGAGAACCUUCUUAACAGCUCUAAGACAAAACUGGCUGCAGCCCUGGCGAGAUGUCGGAUCAAACAUGAUGCCCUUUCAAUUUACCACAUCCUGCCAGAGACAGUUAGGAAACAGGAACAAAGGGCCUCCACUUUGCCUCUCUAUGCUUGGAUAAAUACUGGUAAAAUCAGCCUUGAAGAAGUUUAUAGUAAUUUGAGGAGAAAAGGUUAUAAUAGAGUUAAAUCUAUACUGCACCUUGAUGACAAAGUCUUUGCUGUGGAUCAGCACUGCUAUGAUGUCUUAAUUUUCCCAGCGCAUCUCAAAAAAGAUCUUAUGAACAUAGAUCUUUUCAAAGAUUAUAAACUUAUUUUUCAGGACAAGUCUCGAAGCCUUGCUGUCCACUCUGUGAAAGCUUUAUUAAACAUGGAUGACGACAUCUUAAUGGUCAACACAGGCUCAUGGUACACAGUAGCCCACAUGGCAAUCUUAACAAAUAACAACACCUCAAAAAUAUUUGUAUGUGGAAUACAAUCACAAAAGAAGGAUCUUGACAUGAGGAAACUUUUCACAAGAAUGGGAUGUCAAAAUAUUGAAAUACUUCAUGAAACGUUUGUUAGCAUUGAAGCAAGGGACCAAAGGCUGCAGAACGUUAAGGUCAUCCUGCUGCUGCCUCGUUGCUCAGGGCUAGGCGUUAGUAACCCAGUGGAAUUUAUUUUAAAUGAACAUGAAGAUACAGGCUUGCUUCAAGACCUUUCUCAAGGUGGUCCACCAGAGGGUAAGCUUCAGAUACUUGCUCAGCAGCAGUGUGAACAGCUAACACAUGCAAUGAAAUUUCCUAAGGCUCAAGCAGUCGUCUAUUGCACAUGCUCUGUUUAUACAGAAGAAAAUGAAGCUGUUGUUAGAAAAGCACUGGAGUGUCAAAGCCAAGGGAUUAAAGUACAACCUUACAGGCUCAGUCCUCCGGUCCUUCCACUGUGCUCCUUAAGAGAAAUACAACUCUCUACAGACAAAUUUUUUAGAGUGGAACCGUCCAACCUCACCAAUGGUUGUUUUCUUUCUAUUUUAACCAGAGAGCGAGACCCAUCCGAGACAGUGUCUGUGAAAGACGUUCUGGCCCGAGCUGCAGCCAAGGGUCUCCUGGAUGGGGUUGAGGUUGGGAAGUCAUCCAAACGGGAGAAGAAGAGGAAGAAAUCCAAAACAGCACUGCCCAAACCUUCUGGGAACGAUAACAGCAUCCAAAUGAAAAUCACCGAGUUCCUGAAUCGAGAAAGUAAAGCGAGCACGAGCACGACCCGGGGCGAGAGCGCGAGCCAGGGCGAGAGCACGAGCCAGGACGAGAGCACGAGCCGGGGCGAGAUGCUAACAGCCAAAACCCCUCUCCCGCAGAAAACCGUGCCUCAGCUGGGAGCUCCCUCCCAGAUUCGAAAGCCCAGCAAGCCUGCCACCAGCCCUUCCACAACCACCGCGCUGGUGAAGAGCUCUAUGCCUUCCAGGCCGACACACUUGGGGAGGCCUCGGCCAGAAGGCAAAGUGGUUCCUCUGAAAUCCGUUGAAAUCGUUUUGCCCCCAGUAAUGUUCCCGUUCUCAAAUCCUCAGGGGCUUAGAUCGCAGCUGCCAGUAAACCAUUUUUAUUGCCGCUUCGUUGGCUCGAAGGCCGGUGGGCCCGCCUAUGUGGCAUCGGCAGUACCCCGAAGAGGGGAGAAGCCCAAGGGAAGCGCGCCUUCCUCCCUCCUCAGGCACCCGCGACCAUGGCUUUGACUGUGUGGCCCUUGUCA